AUGAACAAUCGAAAAUCACCUGUUAAACAGCAGCGCACAAAAAAUUCUAAUUUUAUACCUGUUUCAAAUAAUUCAAAUCGUAUACGGUCAAAUAGUAGUAUGGGUGGAUCAUAUUUUAAAAGUGCGAAUUCUCAAUAUCGCCAUUAUUCUCAUACAAAUUCACCUACGGCAAUGUCGGCUAGUUUAUCACCAGCCGUACCAUUAUUUUAUUCGAAUAUUUAUGCAGAUCCGCCUGAAUGUGCAUUUUUACCCAAACCACCUGAAUCAUGGUAUUUAAAUUCAAAUGAUGAAAAUCUUCCCGUUCUAAUCGAAGAUAAAAAGGAAAUAGCAAAAGAAAAAAUUGCACAAAAAUCAAAUUAUAAAAAUAAUAAUAAUAACAACAACAACAACAACAACAACAAUAAUAAUAGAGGUUUCUAUAGUCCAUGUUAUUCAAUAAGAAAGUAUGAAAAAUUCCCAAUAGCAUACAUAUCUGUUAAAGGUUAA